GAGCUGAAUACCAGAUAUCUGCGGGUCCUGAAGCACGCCAAGUAACUGGUCCUGCAACUUCAGCACAAAUCAAGAAUUUUGCUUUAUGUCAGCAUCUGCAGGAAAUUCAUACACGGAUAUCCUCCAUGAUGACUGGUUUGCCAACUAUUGCUGCAGAUGUGUUGUCAGCUUCAUUGGGUGCAAUAUAUGGGGCUGCUUGUGAUUCUGUGACAACCUUAUUCCAAGCAAUGAUUGACCGUCUUGAGUCCUGCAUCAUGCAAAUUCAUGACCAGAACUUUGCUGUGCUUGGUAUGGAUGCUGCCAUGGACAAUAACACUUCACCUUACUUGGAGGAGUUGCAGAAGUCCAUUCUUCACUUUCGUAGUGAGUUCCUAUCUAGGCUGUUGCCAUCUUCGGCAAAUUCUGCAACUGCCGCCACUGCCGGGGCAGCAACUAUUUGCACUACACUUGUUAGGAGGAUGGCUUCACGGGUUUUGAUAUUCUUUAUCAGGCAUGCCUCUCUUGUAAGACCCCUCUCAGAAUCAGGCAAAUUGAGGAUGGGAUGGCUAGGGACAUGGCUGAGCUGGAAUUAGCCGUAGGCCAGAAUUUGUUCCCAGUUGAACAACUUGGUGCACCCUACCGAGCUCUUCGGGCAUUCCGACCUCUUAUUUUCUUGGAAACAUCUCAACUGGGAGCAUCUCCUCUGCUUCAAGAUCUUCCUCCUAGUGUCAUACUUCACCAUCUUUAUUCUCGAGGACCUGAAGAAUUACAAUCCCCUCUCCAGAGGAACAAACUUACUCCAAUGCAAUACUCAUUGUGGCUGGCUUCACACGGGGAAGACCAAAUCUGGAAAGGAAUCAAAGCAACACUUGAUGAUUAUGCAGCGAAGGUUAGGUCAAGAGGUGACAAGGAAUUCAGCCCUGUGUAUCCUCUCAUGCUUCAGCUAGGGUCUUCUUUGACUGAAAACGCACCUGCAUCCCAAAAACAGUGAUACCUCUCCAAUUUGUGCCUUGUAAAUUAUCAGCAAAAUACCAAAUAGCCACUGCCGAGAUUUUGUUUUGGAAAAAUUCCUUUUUUAGAGUAUGUUUGGUUUGAGGGGAUAAAUGAAUUUUUUUGAUUAAUUGAAUUAUAAUUUUUUAAAAUAUUAUAAUUUAAUUAAUUAUAAAAUUCAUU